AGAAAUCGUGGAGAAGUGGGCGAUAACCGUCGCAACCGCCACAUAGCCUCACAAAAUGUAAUAAAAAACAGAGGAAAAAAGAGAGGGUUGGAUCAUAAAUCUGCGAGAGAAACUUGUGCAUUUGGAAGAUGAAGUGAGAGAAAUUGAGUGGAAAAUCCAAUGGAAGAGAGGGUUUCGGAGGAAGAAGUCAUAAGAAAAGGGCCAUGGAAACUGGAGGAAGACGAAGUUUUACUGAACCAUGUGAAGCGAUUCGGCCCCAGAGACUGGAGCUCCAUUCGAUCCAAAGGCCUUCUUCAGAGGACUGGCAAGUCCUGCCGUCUUCGUUGGGUCAACAAACUCAGACCCAACUUGAAAAAUGGGUGCAAGUUCACGGCGGAGGAGGAGCGGGUGGUGAUCGAAUUGCAGGCGCGGUUCGGGAACAAAUGGGCAAAGAUAGCGACUUACUUGCCGGGCCGGACCGAUAACGACGUGAAGAAUUUUUGGAGUAGUAGGCAGAAGAGACUGGCUAGGCUUCUGCAGUCGUCAACUACUCCAUCCAAAUUGCAGAGAAGCACCAAAAAGGAAAAGCCAGUUGAUUCCAAUGCUCCCUCUAUGGAGGUACAGAAGCUGAGCUCUGCAUCAGAGGGGGAGUCAUCCUCGAGGCCGAUGUCGUGCUCGUCGUCCUGCUGCGCGGAGAAUGCUGCACCUGUUAAUAUAUUCUGCCCGUGGCCUGAUCCUUACAGUUCCAAAUUCCUUGGUUUUGGCACAAACUUUCUUCAACCUGAAUUCACCCCGUUUCAGACAAUCAAAUCCGAACCACAAACCGAGUUCUCUUCAACCCUACACACGCAGCCACUUGAUGAUGAUUCAACUUUCUUGUCUCAAAGACUCCACGGUCCCGGUUUCUUCGAUGAUUUUCUCGAACCUUUGGAUGUUUCUCCACUGGAAAAUGAAGUUCAGUUUCCACUUGGGCAGCCGUUCUUCGAACCGAUCGGAUGCUGCCCGAGCCAUGAUGUUGAAAGGGAGAAAGUAGACAACCCAGAAAGUUUCUUCAGCGAGUUCCCUGCAGAUAUAUUUGAUCGUAUCGAGCCACUUCCGAGCUCGCCGGAGAACUGAUUCUUUGUCCCUUUCAUUUCUCUGUAAAAUGUUGGAAACUCUGAUUUGCUCUCUGUGACUGUGAAAUUCAUAUGUUAUGUUGCCUAAUCAAUUGGUGAAUGUGUUUUUUCUC